AUGGCAAAUGCGGAUGGUAGCUUGGGGAAGUAUAUGGGUGGUGUAUCCGAAGCCACAAUCAUUGAAGAAGGCAUACCGUUUGAGGAGUUAGUCGUGAAAGUUUGCUCGCGCAUGGAUAUGAGCUCCGAUGGGAAGUCAUUAUUUUAUAGUACAAGCAAGGACAAGUCGAAGCAUUUGCAUAUGAGGGAUGCAGAUGGUGUUUCUAUGAUGUUCUGUUUGAAUGAGGAUGAGGUUGACAUAUUUGUGGAAGAAGAGACCCUUGUGAACACACCAAGACAAUGUAACAUAAGUAGUAGGGAGUCGAACCUGUUGAAUAGCAAUCCAUCCACUGCCGAAGGAGAACCUUCUUCGACUACCAAAGAUAGUUUGACUAUUUGCCAUGAAAUGGGUUUGGUGCCGCACUCGCAACGGCGAGGUGAAGACAUUCUAAGUGGUGAUGGUCAGUUGUUUGACAACCAUAGGCUAUUCAAGAAAGCUGUUAUUCUUUUUGCAGCAUUGAACAAGUUCACUUUCAAGUAUUUGGACAAUAGUCGUCAUUAUUAUAGGUUAGCUUGCGUGGUUGAUGGUUGUCCAUGGAAGUUAACAGCUAGGGCACAAGGUAAGUCUGAACUCAUUAGAGUCAUUAAUAUGAAGAAUGAACAUUGCCACACUGCACAGGACAACACUAAUUUCAAGCCAAGGAUUCGGGCAAAAGAGAUGGGUAUGAUAUUCAUGGACAACAUAGCAGGGCAGCCCAAUUUCCUCCCAAGGAGCAUAUGCAAGGACUUCGAGCUUGCGUUCCAUACUCCCCUAACUUACUCUCAAGGAUGGAGGACUAUGGAACGUGCCCGUGAGUUGAUAAGUGGGCCGGUAUCCAUGACGUAUCACUUAGUGCCGUGGAUGUGUCAACGUCUUAUAGAAUCAAUUCCCAACACGAAGGCAGUUUGGAGUUCUUCUGAGGAUGGUAAGUUCAAGCAACUUUUUGUCGCUUAUGGUUGCAGCAUUACGGGGUUCUUGGGGGGAUGUCGCCCGAUGUUGUUUAUUGAUGCAUGUUUUUUGAUUGGUCCAUAUCGCGGUAGUUGUUUGUCUGCAGUUGCCUAUGAUGCGAAUGAUCAAUUGUACCCUCUUGCAUAUGCUAUUGUAUCAUCAGAGAACUACGAGGAUUGGUUAUGGUUCAUGCAUAACUUGAAGGAAAUUGUUGCCGAAAAGGAAGUUGUGGUUGUGACAGACCGUAAUCCUGGGUUGUUGAGGGCAGUUAAGGAAUUGUUUGGUGAGGAAUGCAAUGCAUGGUGUGUUCGCCACGUGAAGGAAAAUUUUAGCAAGUUUGCCACCGGAAAAGGAAUGAAGGGGAACCCCAAGAAGACGGCAUUGCAUCUUUUCACAAAAAUUGCCUAUGCAUGUGAUGAGCGGCUAUAUGGGAUGUACUUGACGAAAUUGUUUGGGCUAUCACCUGAGUUGUCGAAGUGGGUUGAAGAAAAUGGUCCACAACAUUGGUCGAAUGCGCGAUUUUCGUAUCGGAGGUGGGACAAAUUGUACACCAACAUUGCCGAAAGCUUCAACAAUUGGAUAUUGAAAUUGAGAGACUUGGACAUCAUCCAAUUCAUGAAGGGGCACGUCACCAUCACCACUGACAUGUUAUAUAGGCAUAAGAUGGAUGUGGGUAAAUGGCAUCCCUUGCCGGUUGGUCGUAAUAUAGACAAAAUGAUUAAAGAAUCUCAGGAAAAAUCUCGAGGUCUCACUUGUCGACCCACUUCUCCCAUAGAGUUCAUCGUCUUUGCAUCCAACUGGAAAUCUCAUGCGGUCAAGCUCCAUCCCUUUUACUGCAGUUGUGUGCGUUGGCAGAUGAAAGGCAUCCCUUGCAAGCAUGCGGUUCGUGCAAUACAAGGUUCGUCGUACAAUAUAUAUAACCUUGUGGAUCCUUUCUAUAAGGUCGAGGCACAACUUCUUAUUUACACGAUCGUAAUGUCUCCCAUACCUUUUCAUGACAUGCCUUCUUCGACUGCCAUCGUCCCACAAGUUCCUGAGAUUCAGUACGGUUGUGAAGACCUUGACAUAGUCACCUCUUCUUCCAUAGCCAUGCAAGCGCUUCGACCUCCUGCUACAAAGCGACCUGCUGGAAGGCCGAAGAAAAAGAGGAUUGAGUCACAAUUCCAAGAAAAACAAACUGUUUUUUGUGGGCUUUGCCAUGAGCCUGAACACAAUCGAAGCACAUGCAAGUCUCCAUUGCCUGGGUAUGCGCACUGUCAAAAAGUAGCACCAGCACAAGAAUCAGCACUUGUGAGAGUCGAAAAUCAGCACUUGAAGUUCUUUGCAGUAGUGGAUUGUAUAGUUCAAUUCCAUUUCGUUUUGAUUACUACCCUUCUGAAUCACGAAGAGCACUUAUGUUUGUAUAUAACUGUGGAGUAUGAAAUAUUCCCUUUUGAAAGGGGCCCAGCUAAGAAGGCCAGUGAAUCUUCGGAUUUACAGAUAGAUUGGUGGUUGCACAUGGAUGAAUUUGGAGAGUAUUGUCAUGAUAUUUGCAUUUGUCUGACCAGAGCUGGUACUGCCUGUUUUAUGCCUGUCAUGGCUGUUAUUGCUGCUGUUACUGCUCCUCCAUUUGUAUUACACACUGAAAAUGGAGGCAAAAUUUGUAACUUUGUUGAUGAACUUGGUGGACACUUAGAUACGUACCAUUUUUACGUACCAUGUAUUGAUGAACUUGGUGAACUUGGUGACAUUUUAUUGAUGAACUUGGUGGACAGUUAG